AUGGGCGAAUGGUCCGAAAUCAGAAACUCCACGGCGCCAUGGCGUGCCUAUCUAUCUAUCUAUCUAUCUAUCUAUCUAUCUAUCUAUUUCAAUCUAUUACUAUCUAUUUGUACCAACUUCUUUAUUUCUAUCUAUCUAUCUAUCUAUCUAUCUAUCUAUCUAUCUAAUUCUAUUACAAUCCAUGUACAUAUGCAAUUCUUUUCUCAUCUAUCUAUCUAUCUAUCUAUCUAUCUACAUAAUUCUAUUAAAAUCCAUGAACAUAUAGAAUUAUGUCCCCAUCUAUCUAUCUAUCUAUCUAUCUAUCUAUCUAUCUAUCUAUCUAUCUAUCUAUCUAUCUCAGUCUAUUACUAUCUAUUUAUACUAACCUCUUUAUUUCUAUCUAUCUAUCUAUCUAUCUAUCUAAUUCUAUUACAAUCCAUAAUUAUGUCCCCAUCUAUCUAUCUAUCUAUCUAUCUAUCUAUCUAUCUAUCUAUCUAUCUAUCUAUUUAUACCAACCUCUUUAUUUCUAUCUAUCUAUCUAUCUAUCUAUCUAAUUCUAUUAAAAUCCAUGUACAUAUGCAAUUCUUUUCUCAUCUAUCUAUCUAUCUAUCUAUCUAUCUAUCUAUCUAUCUAUCUAUCUAUCUAUCUAUCUAUCUACAUAAUUCUAUUAAAAUCCAUGAACAUAUAGAAUUAUGUCCCCAUCUAUCUAUCUAUCUAUCUAUCUAUCUAUCUAUCUAUCUAUCUAUCUAUCCCAACCUCUUUCUAUCUAUCUAUCUAUCUAUCUAUCUAUCUAUCUAUCUAUCUAUCUAUCUAUCUAAUUCUAUUAAAUUCCAUGUACAUAUGCAAUUCUUUUCUCUAUCUAUCUAUCUAUCUAUUAUCUAUCUAUCUAUCUAUCUAUCUCAUCUAUCUAUCUACAUAAUUCUAUUAAAAUCCAUGUACAUAUACAAUUCUGUCCCCAUCUAUCUAUCUAUCUAUCUAUCUAUCUAUCUAUCUAUCUAUACCAACCUCUUUAUUUCUAUCUAUCUAUCUAUCUAUCUAUCUAUCUAUCUAUCUAUCUAUCUAUCUAUCUAUCUAUCUGAUUCUGUUCGUUAUCCCUAUCAUUUCUUUCAAAUGACAACGCUAAAAAUCAAUCCCAACCCAACCUACCAAAAAGAUUUCAACUCGUAUUUUCGUUCCGGCACGGAAUAA